AUGGUCCUCGGAACAGGUGAGGGGGCCCCAGCCCCCGGAGCCUCUCCUAGAGACAAGCGGGCAUUUGGCAGAGCAGCCGAACCCAGAACUAUGGGGGAUGUCGUGCUGCCCCUGGGGGCAGAGGAGCCUUGCACUGCGCGGGCCGUGGUCCGCAGUGUGGGUGGCUUCGCCCUGGGAUUGUCCUUGGCCACGGCCUAUGGGCUGCUGGAGCUGCUGGUGGAGGGGAACAGCCCCUGGAGCUGCCUGGUGGGCACCAUCACUUUGGCCGCCUUCCUUAGCCUGGGCAUGGCGUUCUCCCGCCAGGUCCGAGCCACUGUCUUUCUGAUGCUGCCCCAGGCCUUCUCCAGGCAUGGCCAGAUGCUGCUGCUGGUGGCCACCUUUGGGCUGGUGCUCCAGGGGCCUUGUGCCAACACCCUGCGCAACUUCUCCCGGGCCAGUGAGGCUGUGGCCUGUGGUGCCGAGCUGGCCCUGAACCAGACUGCAGAGGUGCUGGAGCGGGCCAGGCAGCCCCUCGUCAGUGCCCUGAACAAGAUUAAGGCUCUGGCUCGGAAUGCCAAAGUGGUGGCGGACCGGAUCCGCAAGUUCUUUCGCUCCAUCAUGGACGGCGUGUGGCACGUGGCCAGGGCCCUGAGGAACGUGUGGUACUGGCUCCUCCACAUUGGCGAUGUCUGCAACGCUGAGCUGGGCGACCCUUACUCCAAGUGCGCGCGGGUUUUCGAUGACGCCAAGGACAGCUGCAUGAAGACCAUCCCACAAGCCUACCACUUGUGCUAUGUGCUCAUGCCCUUCAAGCUGGCGCUGUGUGGGCUGGCCAGCGUGGUCCAAGUGUUCUGCGUCAUCCCCAAGUACAUCCAGCCCUUCCUGCGCGACACCAUCGGCACCCCCGUGCUGAAGCUGAUUGACCGGGUGCGUCGGGAGUUCGAGUUCAACGUGACUGUGACCCACUACUUCUCCGUGGACCUCAAUGCCUCCCGGAGCCUCUCCCAGGUGGCUCUGGACCUCCACGAGGCUGUCAGCCUGAGGCUGCACCGCUUCCGUGAGGCCCUGGCUCUGAUGGGCUACACCACGCCUCUGCUGUUCACACUCCUCUACCUCCAAGCCCUGUUCUACCGGUAUGCCUACCUGCACUGGGAUGAUUUCGACAAUGUCUACAUCACCAGCCACUUCCUGCACAUGGAGGCCGUGCGCUCCCUGGCAGGGCUACCCACAGUGCUGCCGCUCAGCGCCCACGAGGCCGGACAUUACAUCCAGCCUGGCUCCAUCUUCCUGUCCCGAUGGGAGCAGGUCUUUUACGUCCUGGAGCUCUUCAGCCUGAUGCGCCACCUCGCCCUCAUGCUGUUCCUGGUCUUCCUGGACUACGCUGUCUUCUGGGUGCUGGACUUGGCCCGGUACCAGCUUCAGGGGGAGAUUGUGGCCCGCAGCCCCGUGUUGGUGUCCAUAACUGUGGAAGGGACGGGAUUCACCGGGAAUAUUUACCGCGACCUGGUGUCAGCUCUCGAUGUUCUGCAGCAGGGCAAUGUUAGCAUCUUGUCCCGGCGCUGCCUCCUGCGGCCCUCAGAGCCAGACUCCACCAGUUACACAGUCAUCGGCGCCAUGUAUGGCCUGUGUGUCUUCGUCGCGGUGUGUGGCAGCUAUGUCAGCCGGCUGCGGAGGGUCAUCUGUGCCUCCUACUACCCAUCCCGUGAACAGGAAAGGAUCUCCUACCUCUACAACCUGCUUCUGAGCCGCCGCGCUAACCCACUGGCCACCCUGUACCGUGCGGUGAGGCGCAGGGCAGCUGACCAGAGCCACAUGAGUGCCCUCCAGGUGCUGGCUGUCUGGUGCCCACGGCUGAGACCGUUCACCGGGCACCAGGCCCACUGCCUGGGCUGUGGGCAGCCUCCAGAGAAUGUGGACAGGGACAGCUUUAUGUUCUGCAGCACCCCAGGGUGCCAAGGCUGCUACUGCCAGGACUGCUACCGCCUGCUGGGCAGCACCUGUCCCUUAUGUGCUGCUCCCCUCUCCAGCCAGGGGGACCUGGAUGAAGAGCUGGACUCCAGUGACCAGGAAGGCCCCGGGCUCUGGCUGGCUACAGCCGGAAGGAGGGUGCCGGAGGAGGAGCCAAUCCUGCAGCAGCAGCUCCAGGAAACGCCGAGCAGCAGCCACUCCGAGGAGUCCAGCUCUGGGUCCAGUGACCCGGAUGAGAAGGGGCCUUAGCAGAAGUGGCCGUAGCAGUGCCCAUGGCCCAGCCCCAUGGAAGCCUGCAUUCCUCAUCCCCUCAGGAAUCCCUGGCCCCCAGCACUCCCUCCCCAGUCUCAGAACUCUCAAACCCUGUCUUUCACCUCCUCCUCCAGAUCCUUCUCCUCCAUCCCCAAAAUAAAGGAACCAAAAGUGGACACAAGUGUGAAUC